CACCCGCCUACGGUUCAUCUGCGCCAACAUGGCUGAUGAAACGGCGAAAGCGCAGGCUGCCCAGCCGGGUGGAGACACAAUAUUCGGGAAAAUCGUGCGCAAAGAAAUCCCCGUCACCCUGCUUCAUGAGGACGACCAGUGUAUCGCUUUCCCUGAUGUCGCUCCUCAAGCUCCCACCCACAUCCUGGUCGUCCCGAAGAAACCGAUUGUUCAGCUGUCCCAGGCCGAGGAGAGCGAUGCUGCGUUGUUGGGCCACAUGCUGUUGGUUGCAAAGAAGGUCGCUCAAGACGCAGGCCUGUCCAAAGGCUACAGGAUCGUCAUCAACGACGGGCCUGACGGGGGCCAGUCUGUCUACCACAUCCACAUCCACGUCCUGGGUGGACGCACGAUGGGAUGGCCCCCCGGCUAGCCCUGGUCCUUCUGCGCAGGUCG